AUGGUUCAAUACAAAUCUUCUAUGGAUCCAACUCCUACAAGUGUUCUUCCUAAUAAGGUUACUUUUAAAUAUACAGAAGGAACUUCAAAAUAUUUCAAGGGUACAAGGAAGAAGUCAAUUGUGAAGCCUAAAGUAGAUGAUAAAAAAAUUUCAAAGAAAAUUAUGUGUGGGAAGUCUAGAAAGGGGGUAUCCAAGAAGGCUACAAAACCUAUUCCUGAGAAGUCUGUUGCAAGUGUUUUUUUUGACGUUGAUGUUCAAGAGAAGAAGAAUACGAAGAUAAAAGUUGUUGGUGUCUUAAAACAAAUUAAGAAGAUUAGAGAUUUGAAUCAAGAAGAACUUUAUACUAAAGCUCCAACACCAUUACAAAUGAUAGAGACUGAUAGAGACAGCAAAGCAACAGAAGAUGAUUUGUUUAGGAGUAAUGAUUGUACAUUUCAUAUUUCACUUAGGAAGGAUACCAAUGUUGAACUGACUUUUGAGGAGAUACGUAUUCUUGACGCUACUAUGAAUGUAUCUAAUAUGGACACAAAGUUUUGUGAAAAGGUUAAAGAUAACAUUGAGAUUUUGAUUGGACCACUUGCACAAUGA